CAUUGAUAUCUCAAAGGAAUGCGUGAGUAAUAUCCUUCAUAUUUUUUAUAAAUGGCAAGGCUGUUCGAGGGAUGGGGACCGCGCUUUUCAUUCAAUCCAGAGAGACUUCUUUUAAUGUACGGAAAUAUUUUGUUCCACUACAAUCCGUCAGGAUUAAUCAGGUUUUUCGUCUUUCUACCCUUCUAGGUCAGAAGUUUUAUUUUUUUCUCAAGUUUAAGCAACUUGGCAGCAAUUUCGUGGAAUACCAAUAAUUUCUAUAUUCUUUCAUGUUUUCUUUACUGUUUGGAAAUUAAAAGUUCCUUCAGUUUAGGGCUUUGAGUGCCUAUAUGUAUAUAUAUAAUGAAAAAGGUCUCAUUAAAAUGUGUUCGUAAAAAGAGUUACAGUAACAUUUAGCCAACCAGAAUUAAUACUCAUGUACUCAUAACGUACAGCUGACACAUUUUCAUCCAUUCAAAUAGAUCCCAACACGCACUGCUAUUAAUAUGAACCUAAGUGUACUUGGAAAUGAAUGCUAUACUCUUUUUUUAUCAUUCAAACCCGCUCUGAUAAGCUUAUUGUUGCAACAAGUUAACGCUCACUUUUUUGUUUCUAAACGCGCUAAUAAAGUGAACUGAACUGUCAAGGUGUAGUUUCAACUUUUGUCUCACUCACUAUUCUACAUAUUGUUUACGAGUAUAUGAGUAUAUACACACAUACGUAUUAAAAGAGGUGGAUGUGAUAUCCGAAUGAAAAAUUAUAAUUAAUUGUGUUGAAUAAUAAAGAAAUUCUCCACAAGUUAAACCGUAUAAAAUGGGUUGCAAAUUCGUAUUUGGUAUCAUUCACUUCGUGAAAUCAUCUCGACAAAGAACUACCACAUCUCCAAAUAUGGCAUUCAAGUUUGUAUUCGCACUCGCUUUCGUUGCCGUGGCUAGCGCUGGCUACGUACCAGUUGCCCCAGUAUACCACUCCGCACCAGCCGUCGCCGUGCACGCAGCACCUGUGGCCGUCGCCCAAAAGGUCGUUGUGAAAUCAGAGGAAUACGAUUCUCAUCCUCAAUACAAUUUCUCUUAUGGCGUUGAUGAUAAAGUGACCGGUGAUUCCAAGAGCCAAGUGGAGGAACGUGAUGGUGAUGUUGUCCGUGGUGAAUACUCCCUGAUCGAUGCUGAUGGUUACAAACGCACUGUCCAAUACACUUCCGAUGAUGUCAAUGGUUUCAACGCUGUCGUGAGCCGCGAACCUCUUGUGAAAUCUGUUGCUGUUGCUCCAGUUGCUCACUAUGCUGCCCCAGCUGUCGUCAAGACCGUUGCUCCAGUUGCCCACUACUCAGCUCCAGUUGCUCACUACUCUGCCCCAGCUGUAGUCAAGACUGUUGCUCCAGUGGCUCACUAUGCCGCUCCAGCUGCCCAUUACGCAUCCUAUGCUGCUCCCGCAGUUGUCAACUAUCAUCAUUAAGAUAUAAAGAAUUUGAAUGAGAGAAAAUGGAUCAAUGUGAUAUUAAAAGAUAAUUGUUAAUAUUUUUUCUAUAAAUAUACCGAUCAUACAUUUAUGGCAUUAAUAAAACUUACUUGUAUUUCAAACUA